AUGAGAUCUCAUCCUGGAAGAGAAUGGAAGGGUAUUCACCCUCCAAAUGAUGAUGAUAACGGUUUAAUGGAACCUGUGGCGGUUUCACCAAUACCAUCAUCAUCAUCACCUUCUAUUGAUAUAUCAAAAUUCGAGAAGAACACAAAGUUGAUAGUAAGACUCAAGACUCGUCCUCAACACGAAGAAGAUAAUGUCGUCGGCGAUGAUGGAUCCUCAGCCGAGAAAGGAUUUCAAUGCAACAUUUGUGACGAGUAUUUUGCAACAAUUCAAUCUUUAAGAGGACAUAGGUCAAACCACAACAAAGAGAAGAAAAGCAAGAGUCACAAGAAUGAUGGUGAUGAUAAUGAACAAAUAAGGAAUAUUACAGAAGAAUCAAGUGAACCUAGUUCAAAAAUUCUUAGAGAGUUUGAUUUGAAUGAGCUACCUGAGAAUAAUAAUAAUAUAGAUGGAGGAAGUUAG